AUGGCUUAUAAUGGCUCUUACGCAGACCCAAAUGCUGCUGCAGGAGGUGACGCUUAUGCCCAAGCAGAUCCACAAGCUUUGAAAGAAUAUGAAGCUGCAUGGGCUCAGUACUAUGCAUCCUUAGGGCAGACUGUUCCGACUGCUCCCGGUGCUCCACCAGCUCAGGACCAAACUGCAAAUGCAGCACCAGCUGCCCCUGCUCCAACUGAUUAUAGCGGCUAUUACGCUAAUGGUGCCAAUGCACAACAACAUGCACAACAGCCACCUAUCCAAGACCCAAGUAAAGCUCCCCCCAUGGGCGCCAUGGGCGUAGGUCGUGGCGGCGGUCCUGAGACGUUCAGCACUCGAGGUGGCUAUGGUGGCGGACGUGGAGGAUACGAUGGUGGUCGUGGUGGAUAUGAUGGUGGCCGAGGUGGAGGCUAUGGUGGAGGACGUGGUGGAUUUGAUGGCGGCCGUGGUGGAUUCGAUGGAGGCCGAGGCGGAUAUGACGGUGGCCGUGGCGGUUUCGAUGGCGGACGAGGUGGUGGUCGUGGCGGAUUCGAUGGUGGCCGCGGUGGAUUUGAUGGCGGUCGCGGUGGAUUCGAUGGUGGCCGCGGUGGAUUUGAUGGUGGCCGUGGUGGAUUCGAUGGUGGCCGCGGUGGAUUUGAUGGUGGACGUGGAGGCGGUCGUGGUGGUUACGGCGGUGACGGAGGAUUCGAUGGAGGAAGAGGAGGAUUCAGAGGUGGCCGUGGUGGACGUGGCGACUUUGGAGGAAGAGGCGGUGGUGGAUUCGGCGGUGGCCGAGGUGGCGGCGGCGGAUUUGGAGGUGGUGGUGGAGGUGACCGUCGUGGACCAAGUCGCUGGGAUGAUGGCGGUCGAGGAGGAGGCGGUGGCCGAGGAGGAUUCCGUGGCGGGCCGGGAGGUCCCGGUGGAAGAGGAGGUUUUCAAGACCGUGGAGGCCGUGGUGGCUUCGGCGGCGAUAGAGGAGGAGGAGGAGGAGGUGGCGAUUUUGGACGUCAGGAUGAUCGAAUCGAAUUGAAAGAAACUGUAUUCGUUCAGGGAGUACCAGUCACAGCAAAUGAAACAUAUAUAGCCGAUGUGUUCAAUACUGUCGGAGACAUUGCCAAAAAUGACAGGACUGGAGCUCCAAGAAUAAAAAUCUACACUGACCGAGGCACGGGAGAACCAAAAGGAGAAUGCAUGAUCACUUUUGCUUCUGCUGAGAUUGCCCAGCGCUGUAUUGAAAUGUAUAACGGCCAGCCAUUCCCUGGUGGUGAUCGUCCGAUGACAAUUUCAAUCGCUAAAUUCAAACCAAUGGAUCAGUCAGCACGAGGAGGAGGCGCUGGAGGCGGUGGCUUCCGUGGUGGUGGAAGAGGAGGAAGAGGUGGCUUUGAUGGAGGAUUCGGUGGCCGCGGAGGAGGCGGUGGUUUCCGUGGAGAUUCAGGAGGACGUGGUCGAGGUGGUUUCAAUCGCGGCGCAGGUAAUGCUAACAUGGAGCAACGCAGCAAUGAUUGGCCAUGCGAAGCGUGUGGAAACAAUAACUUUGCCUUCCGACAGGCUUGUAAUCAAUGUGGUGCACCAAGAGGCGGAGGCGCAGGUGGAGGAGGUCCCCCAGGUGGCGGAAGCGGUGGUGCAAUGCGAGGCGGUCGGGGAGGAUUUGGAGGAGACAGGCAUAAGCCGUACUGA